GUUUGUUUAGUCGCAUGUUAUUGCCUUUCACCUUUACUGAGGCUCUUUGUUCAAUUUCGCCUAUUGUGGAGGCGUAUUAUGCAUUUUAAUUACCUUAUCACCGUCUUUGAGGAUCUACAAAACAAUUUAACAGGAGCCUAAAUCAGGAAAAUAUCUCACUGAAUCACUUUCAUGCUGAAAUCUGAAGAUCAAGAUGAGGAUUGCGCCAAGAAUGGCUAUGAUUUUUUGAAAUCAAGCUUAUCUGGCAUUAUAACUCAGGACACACGCACUAGGAUCGACACACUGAUUCAGGAAGUUGCCUCCUUGAAAGAUGUUGAAAAGCUUCUUUUUUGCCUACUUCUCCCAGUGGAUAAUACUCACGGUUCUCAUUGUAUCAGCAAUACUUCUUUUGGCUUUGCGGGUGAUGAACUGGAAGUUUCCUCUGGUUACGACGUCAAUUCUCUGGGUAUUGGCCUUUUCUCACCGGGUGGACAGUCUUCGCUUCACUUAUCCAAUCAAGUAGAGCAAAGUCAAGCCUACACGUGGAUUAUGUCUCAUCUAGAAGAAGAUCCAUCAACUUGUUUAAGAAAAGAUGAAGUAUACGAUGACUACAGAGCAUAUUGUGAGAAGCACCACAUGAAAACUCUAAAUACGGCAGAUUUUGGAAAGGUCAUGAAACGUGCAUUUCCAAAUGUAAAACCACGACGUUUGGGUCAACGAGGACAGUCUCGAUACUGCUAUGGUGGAAUGCGUAAAAAGACAGAAAUUCAACCACCCUACUUACCUGAUCUCACCAAUGAAGCUCUUGGUAUUAAUUCUCAAAAUAUAUCUGGAAGGUCUGUCGGUUCACCUGGAAGUAGUUCUGGUGGAAGCUUCGAAGCUGGGUCUCAAAGGCAUAUGUCAUCAAAUAGUCCACUAAUUCGUCUUUUAAAAUCCAAUGGAUCUGAUGCUGAUAUUAGCAGUUGGGCUGAUGAUCCAUCUGUGCGAACUGUUUUAGGAAUUCGUGGUUCCGUCGUCGCAGACGUGGCUCAUAUUCUACUGGAAUAUGGUCACCAAGUUUUUGGCAUACAAUUCAAGUCACUAUUUCAGCUCGCCCAACAUCUUGUUGCUAACCGUUAUGUUAAUUCUAGGUCCAAACAUGCGUUUGCCUUGAUCGCUCAUGCUGCUAAUCCUCCGAGCUCCUUUUCACCACCACCCUCUACAGCCCUUGCUGAAAUGCUCCAAAAAGGCUCUGUUAAAUCAGCAUUCGGUAAAAUACAAAACAAACGUCAGAAUUCGUCUACAAGUGAUUUAUCAUCCUGUAAAUCGGAAUGUACUAAAAAUGAAAGUUUUCAUCCACCUUCAACAAACAAUGUUGACUCUCCAGUCACCAAUGUUUCUCGGUCAACUGUACCAGAUAAUAGACAUUUAAAUCUUCCAAUUCCUAACCUGAAUCAUAAUUUAAAUAAUCAUGGAUUACCAUCCGUCCCAUCUCUCAUUGGUUCUGGCGAUAACCCUGCUAUGCAAAUGCCUCAUUGCAGUACUCCUCAACGUGGUAACUGUUACAAGCCCUAUGAACUACAAACUUCUUUGCCACAAACUAGUGGGGUUGGUGCAUAUACAGCUGCUGUCCUGGCAUCUCCGUCUGCAUUACAGUCUUCCCAUCAACAAUUGUCUAAUAACCCAUUCAGUUUUACUCAGAACUUCCGAAAUAACUCGAUCAAUCAUCCAUAUUCCCAUAGUGGUACACCUGGGUUAACACAUCCAUCUACAGCAAUGGCAUUGGCUGCAGCAGCUGCUGUUGCAGCACAUCAAAAACAACAGUCUGGUGUGUCAAAAUUUCCUUCAUGUGUUUUGGGGUCUAAUUUCCCUUCAGCACUUGGUCCAAUUCCCGGUCCCAUAUCGCCAUCCGUUGACUCACGACAUAUUACUGCAAACACUAAUACAUCUACCCCUCCUAUUGCCCACACCGAAAAACAUACUAGCAUUUUGGAACCAUCCACACCAAAGUCUCAAUGUGAUUCCGCGUAUACAAACUUGGGUGGUUAUCAUUCUCCGAUAACAAAUAGCUCAAUGUAUCCAGCCCAUCAAAUUACAUCUCCAUACCCCAGAUCCCAGCAACCGCCUGCCCCACUCCCUCCUGGUGUAGGUGCACGCAGCCCAUAUGCCCAAGUGUCGCAUCUAUCUGCAGCGAGUACGGACUGUAGUCAAGUAGGGUUUAAGCGAACUGUCCUACCACAUCCUGGAGAAGCCCCAGGUGCAUAUGAACCAUCGCCACGAUUUCACCUAGGCGGUCAAAGUCCCAAUAAACGUGCUCGUUAUUUAUCUACAGCCUCUGGUUCGAGUUCUAAUUCGUUAUCAACAGAUGGUCCACCACUCAGUGGUGGUAGUUUUCCAGAAGGUAAUGAACGGUAUUCUGAACAAGUAGCACCAGUCAUUACUCAUAACGCCUUAGCUGUUCCUUCACCUGCAAGCAGUGGAAGCAGUUCAUCUAAUCCCCCUCAAAUUCCAACCAACCCUACAGGAUAUUCUGGAUCAUGUGGUACUUCCCGGCAGUACGGCGUAAACACUCUUGAUCAGUCACCAUCUAUGCCUUCUCCUUAUUAUCCUGGUCGGUAUGAAGGACUUGAGAUGCAUAGCCCUGCACCACCAUCACAUGGACUUCUAAGACCUCAUCAUGUACAAAACAAUACCGGGUCGUCGAAUUCGUCUUGGAAUAUUCCCGGUCCAUUAUCAUCUAAGACUAAUCUGUUUGAUCAGCAGCCAUCUGAUUAUGUAAUAAAUUCUAGAAGUCAAAGUUAUAACCCCAAUCUUUCUGUUUCGACCUCUGAACGUACAAAUGUUGCUACAGUGUUUCGUCCCCCAAUUACCCCGUUUACUCUGGAGCUGGAAAGUGAAGAUGAUGGAGACAACUUGCCUAGGUUAGGCACUUCUCCAGGACCACAAAUACCUCCUAGUUCACCCACAGAGUUCUUACCGUUUUACUCUGAAGCUGCUAAUAAAUCUGCUCAAGCUCAACUACGACAGAAACAUUUUACUGAACUUACUCCAAGGAUUCAUAAUACACCAGAUAGUGACGAUCGUGGAACAAAUUCUGAUAAUAGUUCUCCGUGUAUGACGCUUGUAAAUCGAGAGCGAUCGGAUAUUCGAAAUAAUUGUCAUAUUAAAUCUAACGAAUUUGUAACUACUACUCCAAUGACCAACCCUGUUUCACAUUCUGAUGAAGUUUUGUCCCCAUGUUCAUCAGAUUCAAACGAUCGUACUUUAACCAUUCUUGACAAUUUAGGCGAAGUAAAUACUCCGCCAAUGCCAGAUGGUUUGGCUGAUGCACCAUCUCCAAGCGAAGUAAUAAAAACUAGUUCCAUGGUGCGAAAACGUGAAGAAUUACAACAUGAAUUGAGCACUCCUGGUCCAGCUGAUGGAAGUAGAUCCCCUUCUUGUCCCAGUAACUCAGCCUCAGUUCAGUGUUCAAGUUCAGCAGAUGUGAGUAUCACAGCGUUUUGAAUUUUGUGUGUUCGUUUCACAAAGAAUAUAUGGUCCCGCAUUUACUUAUUUUCAAUUCCGUGUGUUAUUGUUGAGAAAAUAUUCCAUGGAUGAACGCGCUUAGUUCAUUUUUUAAAAUUCAGCCAUCGUUCAUCUCGUGAUAAUUCUGGACACAAAACGACACAAUCUCUAGAUUCUUUUUUUGAUUUAGCAAACGCUAUUCUACCUCCAAAAGGUUUUAAUAGGCAUUACUUUAUUUUUCAAACUUGAGAAUUCGUACAGCUUUUCACAUUUCACCUUAUUUUUUUUAAUACGAUUUUGAUAUGUACAUUUUUAUAUGACGGUUGUUUUUCUGUAUCUGUUCGUGCUUGGUGCAUUCCUCUUUUAUAAACUAUUUUUUCACUUGGUUUAAUCAAAACAACCAAAGAGUCUUUUACACUGAUAUCCGAUCAGUUAUAUAAUUUAAUCAGAUUCUCAGCUUCCUCUGUUGCAUACUUUGGAUAGUUUUCCUACAAUCCAUUAGAUAAAUGACAGUGAAGUUGUGGUUAUAAGUUUUCCCAUUUUUACUGUUUAUGCAUAUACCAAAGUUUUGUAGUUUCAUAUUUGACCAACUGAAAAGCCUGUAAAGUUUUUUCUCCAUUUAUUGGCUGAAAUACCAUUCAUCUUUUUGAGUGUGAAAUUAAAUGCAUUUUAUUAAGUCACACUGGCUCAUGUUCACGUUCUUUUAAAUGGUAAUUAUAAAUUAAAAGGCGAACUAAGUUUCAAAUAAAAAGUUGGGUUAUUAGUUCAUUAUGUAUCUGUCGGGAACGGACAGUCAGCGGAGACCUUUUAUUAUGGCCGUUAGAGGUAUGAGGGCGGUUAUCACUUCCUAGCUGCCCACAUUGUGGAAGGGUUUUUCUUGAGGUAUUUGAAAAGGAAAUUUGCUUAGAGGUGGUCUUUGCGGUCCGUUCUCCAACCGACCUGUCUAGCAUGGUAAGACCUCAGGGAACGAUUGUCCCAGUCAUUAUCGCUUGAUUGGUUCAUCACGAUAGGCAAGCCCCACGAUUACGUCGAGGCAGCAAAAACUGGCGGGAUUUUGUAAUAUACCAUUGUGGGCCGGUGUAAUUUUACGUUAGUUUUCAGGGGAACUGAACACUAUGCAGACUUUUACGUAACAACCGAAAGCCAGUGAUUGGAAAUUCUGUGCGACGGCUCAAAAUCGGUCGCAAUGGCGUGGGUGUGUACGCUCUACUAUGAGACUAAAGUCGUUUUAUAUCUUUCUGUACUGUAUCCUUAUACACCCUCUCUUUUAUAUAUUACUACCAUUAAAGUAAGUACUAUGAAUUCGGUGCUCAGCUUAGUGUGCUAAUGAGGUCAUAAUCUUAUACCUUGUGUCCCGUGUGAAUUUUUCGAACAGAAAACUGGGCAU